AGCAAAGUUCAACUUAAUUGAUAUUAAUCUACUUUUGUUUUAAAACUAAUUAUACAUUAUUUUGAAAUAAAGUACAAAUUUGCAAUGGAGAGUCUAUUACACUUUGUAGUGCCAAUGAAACGCUUUUUUUUGACAAAAUAAUCUUUAAAAAAACAAACACAACAAUAAACCAACACAAAUUUACCAUUGAGUCCAUCAUCAUGCAUUUUUUAAUACAUGGUCUUGUGGUCACGUCGUCAGUACACUGUCAGCAGUCGCGCGCCAAUAAAGUUCAUUUUUUAUUAUUGAUCACCUACUGGAUCUUAGUAUGUGAUUUUGUUAGUGCUUAAAGUUAAUUGUGGGUAAAACCUGUACUUAAAGUAGAGAUAAUCGAUUUUUCCAAUUUAUGACAGUUUGUCAGCUCUAAAAAUAAACGAACGACAACAUCGUGAAUCACAAAGACGAGUUGAAACACUGUAUCAUACCACUCUUUGGAGUUUGAAAAGUGUAUUUAUUGUUUUUGGGACUAACACGUAUUGCUGUCUAACAUCAGGACGUUGGCAUGGUUGAAAACGAUAACAAGGCCGAGGUUGAUAUUUUUCGUGAUACCUACAUCAGAUAUUUAGGUUACACCAAUGAAGUUGGAGAGGCAUUCAGAAGUAUUGUCCCAAAAUCCAUUGUGUGGGGCAGCUACGUGGUUGCCUGUGGAUAUGUGCUUGCAGACACAUUCGACAAAGGACUGCUUGCCUACAAAGUUGACACCUCACCAAACAGGACAAAACGCAUAUGUCUCUCGACAGCGGACACACUCCUGUGGCAGGGAUUUGCAUCGGUCAUAAUACCAGGUUUGACAAUAAACAGGCUCUGUGCGGCUGUUCGCUUCGCACAAAACAAGUCUGUAAAACCAAUGCUACGGAGUCCUUGGAUUUCAACUGUGAUAGGUCUGGCAUCCAUACCUGUGAUAAUUCACCCUAUAGAUUUGUUAGUUGAGAAUUCUAUGAAUGCUACUUUUAGAGAGUGGACCGGCUACAAGCCACUGAAGUCUUAGGAAUUCAAAGUAUCACGUAUUGUACGAAAUUGUAGAAACUCUCUAUAGCAAAAAAAGCCUUUAGAUUAUUGUAAUUGAAGGUUUAAAGUACUGAGAAAAGUUACAUGAGGAUGGGAUUGAUGAUUCUCUAUUUACAAUGUAAUCGUGUGUACAAUGAACUUUUAAUACUUUGCCAUAUUUUGACGUAAUUGUCAGCUAUGCACCUGACAGUUGUGAGACAAUACUAUUUAUACCAAUGAUUGGCACAGUGUGAUGUAAAACUUUUUGAAAAUUUUCCCAAUCAUG